CCAUGGUGCAUCCUGAAGACAUUCGACCUCUCCCCUUAUCCGACAACAGCGACCAGUCCUCCUCAUCCUUCGAUUUCCCCGGCAAUGCCCCAACACAAUGUCAGCCACAGUCUGGAUGCAAUGUCUCCGAUCGCAAGGCUCAUGGACCGGCAGGAGGAGCUCACAAUUCUGCGGCGGUUCGAUGAGCUUCAUCUUCUGAACUUGCUCAUUAUGCAAAAUGAGAUAGACUGCCUUCUCAAGGAGCUUGAAAAGUACGAACCGGGAGUCGAGAACGAAGCUUCUUCCACGAUCACACCUAUGUGGUAUUCUCUGCCACGCCCAGCUGUGAGCUAUAGCCAGGCCGCUACGGAUCAGAGAUCCAAAGAAGCACUGGACGAUGCGCGCUCGACACUGUGGGCUACUAUCAGAGUCAAACUACGUGAGUAUGACAGUGCAGUGCUUGAUUUCGCCAGGCUACGGGGUCUCGAAGAACCGUCCGGCCAGGACGUCAGGCAGCUCCGUGCGGAGCUUGGCAUCCUGAGCGCGCGCGAGGGGGCGCACUCGAGAGCAGCACAAUCAUGGGACAGCGAGCACGACGAUGACUUCGUAACGCUUCGCAUAACAAGGGACAAAGGCAGCAGGCUGAUCAACAGCAUCAAGUUGGCAUGGGGUCUGUGGGUGUGGGAAUAUGCAGGUGAACGCAAGGCUCCAACAAUACCCACAGAACCGGGGGGCCCGCGCGAGAUUGUGGUCGGGAAACAGAAGCCAUCGAUGAGCAGGGCGGAGAUGGCCCAGAAGCACGCACGCGCCUCGCGUUUCAUCAUGGCGUUCUUCGGUGGAGUCGCCCUGAUCGUGCCGACGGUGAUCAUGAGCAAAGUCGAGGGGAUCAACACGAGUCUCAUUGUUACCUCUGUGUCGGUGCUGAUAUUUGGCUUUCUGGCCGCGCAGUUUGGCAACGACAGCACUGGCAAAGAUGUCCUGGCUGCCACUGCGGCGUAUACUGCUGUCUUGGUAGUAUUUGUCGGGACAAGCCUUGCGAGCAAUGGCGAAGCUCCUACCGCCCCUGCAGAGGCAAGUUGAUUGACCUAAGGAAGAGUAGCGGGGGUUCUCAAUGAAUAUCCCUGAAAAUGGGCAUGGCCACAAGGAUACAUUCUUCGUUCUGGCUCUGCUGAUUCUCCCACAAGUGCAGGAUAUGCGAUUCCAUAUAAGCUGCGUUGGAAAUGCGGUGUAGUAUGAGAGCCUGCUGUCAUCUCUCGAUGCCAAGUGCAUCUUGUUGCCGAUGCCGAGGUCAACCGCGGAAAGGGUCGUCGCUUGCUAGACAGGGAUUCCCCACAAAGAUCAUCCUCCCGCAUCUUCUCCACAACCCGCUCAAGCUUCCAUCAGCCUCC